AUGACGGUACCCUGGAAGGUCAGCGCCAUUGCAGCAUUAUGGCUAGGUGCUACAGCAAUUGGUGCAAGCCUUGAACAAGAAACCUCCUCUGGUGCAGCUGUAUUCACGCACCCAGUCUAUCCCAGGGUAUUUGUUCCAAGGCAAGAACAAGAGAUCCCAGCUGAGGACCGCAACCCUCCUCCAAUCAUCCCAAACCCUCAACCAAAUCAGGCCGGAAGCCCAAACACGCCUGUACCUGUUCCUGAGCCAGAGACAACAGUUGAGCCCAUGAAUCCUCCCGAUCCAGCUACAACAAUAGCGGCACCCGAGCCAGAGAUAACAACGGAGCCUGAGAACCCUCCUCCUCCAGCUACUACACAGAACCCUGAUCACCCAGAGAAUCCGAAAACAACAGAUGUAGCUCCUGUGCCUGUACCAGUACCGGUUCCAGUUCCGAACAAACCUGAUGAUCCUAAAAACCCUGACGAUCCAGACAAGCCUGAUGAUCCCAAAAAGCCCGAGGGUCCUAAGACUCCGGACCUUCCAGAUCUCCCUGAUGUCCCUAAGAUUCCUGAUGUACCCAAGGUUCCCGACACGCCUAACGAUCCUAAGAAACCUGGCAACCCUCAAGAACCCAAGGAUCCCGAUGACCCUAAAGAUCCUAAAGACCCGAAGGAUCCUGAGAACCCAGACCCUAAAGACCCUGAGAACCCGGAUCCCAAAGAUCCAGAGAAUCCUGAUCCUAAAGAUCCCGAAGAUCCCAAGGACCCUCAAAAUCCUCAAGACCCCAAUGAGCCAGAUGAUUGUGAGAAAAAGGAUCCGGCACCAUGCACAAAGACCGUGUCUUUCUUUUCAGAGAGCGAGACUACCGUCUACGUAACAUGCCCUGUGCCUAUCGACUGCCCCGCCAAACAGACCCCCACCGUCACCACCAGCAUCUUCCCCGAGGAGUCCGUUCUCUUCGGCGAAGUCCCAGCGGACAACGAAGCUAUUCCGACAAUGGAAGCUAUCGAAGACGACACCUCUCGAUACUUCCAGCAAGUCUUUGAUGACGAAAACAUCUCUAUUAAUGAUGCUCAACACCCAGAUGUUCAAUGCCAACAACAGAGUAGCGACGACGUUCCUCGCGAUUGUUUCAUGUCGGUCUACUCCAAGUUCUGCGCUGAUAUUAACGGACACGAGGGCGAUGAGCUAAGCAAGAACCUCACUGGCGCUGAUGCCGAAAGCGGGUCUCAAGAGAAGCGUGCGUCGCUGAAUAUGAGAAGACAUAUGCUUCGCGAGCGAGCUGAGUUUUGUGAGGGCUGGGUGUUCGAAUACGAUUGGAGCGGUGCACAGGGCGAUUGCCAGAUUCCAUGUGGUGACUCAAUGUACGCUUUUGGUGACGAGUGCUUUGACUCUGAGAACAGCUUUCUCGAGGGUACCAUUGAUGUAGGAUGCGGCACCUACAAGUACACCGCUAUGCCUACAACAUCAACAACAGCACCACCAUUCCACUUGACUGGCCUCCCAACUCUCACCGACGUUCCAGGACCUAUCUCUACACCUGACGGUAGUUCAUGUGCCGAGACAGCGACUAACACCCAGUGCGCUCAGGGCGGCGGUGGUAGAGGCCAAGCCUGCGUUGAGAACACAUACUGCGCAUCAUGGGUCUCAACUCAGCCUACAGAAGCCCCAGAACCACCAGAGGAGAAGAUCACACCUUUGGAGCUGGGACCAGUGUUUUGCAAGAACAGAGGCGGUGACCAUAAGGAUGUCAGCCCAGGCGCCGUGAAAUCUCUAGCAGAUGCCUACUGCGAGGCCAAUGUGCCCGCCGACAUGAAGUCAGACAGCCCUGCCGCUGGUAUCACCAAGAGUGAUCUGUAUUACUACGAGGUUUCUUGGGUUGAAGGGUGCAAGACGACUGUCGAGUCACAGGAUCCGUAUUGGCCGCUUGGAAAGGAUGGCCCGCUUUGCAAAGAUUUAUUUGUCAAAGCUUAUGCAGGCUGUGACAAUGGCGGUAUUGGAGGAUACAUCGAUGCUGGCUGUGUACGAUACAUGUUCCUCGGCGCUCAGUAG